UUGAUCAACCUUUUUUUUUCACCCCCCCCGGACCGGGAGCCCGUUCGCCAUGGCGUUCUGGGCGAUCUUCCUGCUACUGGCCGUGGCGGUUUCCACGGUCGCAGCCCGCGAGACAUUUGACGACGAAGACUUUACCAGCUACGUGACGCUGCCGAAAAAUAAAAUUCUCAAGUGGAAGGUCACCUACCACGAUCGCGAGGCCGUAGCCCCCGGCUACUGGUUCGUCGCCCCCUACUAUGUCAACGGGAACGAGCCUCACACCGGGCGCUGGAUGCCCUGCCAGAUCGGCGCCCACAUCUUCGAUCAGGAUGGCGAGCUGGUGUGGGCGGGCUCGUGUCUGCACGACAAUGAGAACAUCUUCGAUUUCCGCAUGAGCGACGCCAUGGACCCGGAGCACCAACACCUGACCAUGAUCGUCGAGAUGCCCUGGGCGCACGAGUCGGACCUGGGCACCGCCGUCAUCUACAACGACCGCUACGAGGAGACGACCCGCAUGAAGGUCUUCAACACCCACGAGUUCUGGCCCUACAGCUCCACGCGCGCCAUGGCCGUGGCCCACCGCAACGAGCGCCGCUCCCUGGCCGAGCUGGGCCAGCCCGACCGCUCCUGGCAGAUCCAGACCGGCGGCUUCGACGAGAUGGACCUGACCACCGGCGAGGUGCUGUGGGAGUGGAACUCGCGCGACGUCAUCACCCUCGACGAGUCCUUCGUCGCCGACCCCAUCGAGCGCUGCCCCAUGUCGCCCGGCGCCGACUACCUGCACGUCAACGCCAUCGACCGCAACGAGCGCGGCGACUUCCUGCUGUCCGCCCGCCACACCGACGGCAUCUACUUCAUCUCCGGCGAGGACCACCAGCUCAAGUGGCGCCUUGGCGGCAAGAAGAGCGACUUCAAGCUCGUCGACUUCACCUUCUCGCGCCAGCACCACGCCCGCUUCCACGAGGUCAACGACACCCACAUGGUCGUCUCCAUGCUCAACAACGGCGCCGACAUGGUCUCCACCCAGGAGCGCACCUCGUCCGGCCUGUACGUCCUGCUGGACCUGCAGGCCAUGGAGGCCCGCCUGCUGCGCCGCUACCUGCGGCCCGACGGCGGCAGCACCCAGCUGCGCGGCAACAUGCAGACCCUGCCCAACAAGAACGUCCUGAUGGGCUGGAGCAAGAACGGCUACAUGAGCGAGUUCACCCACGACGGCCGCCUGCUCAUGGAGGCCGAGUUCGCUUCGGACCGCUUCAGCACCUACCGCACCUACAAGUUUCCCUGGGUCGGCAAACCCAGCACCCCGCCCACCCUGAUGGCUUCCGUGCACGGCACCAACGACUCGGACUUGUCCACCGUCUUUCACGUCAGCUGGAACGGUGCCACCGAGGUCCGCCACUGGCGCUUCCGCGCCCAGGCCAGCGAGCAGGCCGCCCCCGUCGAGCUCGACACCGUCGCCAAGACGGGCUUCGAGACCGUCUACAUCAGCCACGGCUACAUGGACUGGGUCUCGGUCGAGGCCCUCGACGCCGACCAGAACUCCCUCGGCACCUCGGAGAUCAUCCGCAGCUCUGCCCCGGAGUACUGGCCAGAAGAUGCCGCCCUCCCUACCGCCGACGACCCCAGCACCAUCAACAACUCCACCGCGUACGCCCACCCACACAGGACUGCCGGCAGCACCUCCUCCACCGUCUCGCUCGGCAUCUUCCUCCUCGGCGUCCUCUCCACCCUGGCCGCCAUGUUCCUCCUCCGCAGCUGUACUCGUCUGCGGCCCUGGUUCCGUCGCGCCGGCGGCAGGGGAUACUCGGCCGUCAACUCGGACGAGCAGGAGGACAUUGACCUGACCAAGGGUGCUUCCGUAUGAAAAAAAGACCUGAUCGUACGACUCUGUAAUUAUUUAGUAUAUACUGUUUUCUUUUUUAC